AAAAGGACAAGAAAACCGAAUUAAAAGAGAAAAAUCUCGAAGCCUAAGCCGCCUCCCUCCUGUCCCCAUCCGCCGCUCCGGCGCUCGAUGCCUCCCUCCUCCGCCGCCCCCGCCACCGCCGCCGACGCAGCCACCUCGGAGCCCGUACGCGCCCCUACCCGCGCCGCAAACCCCGUCGUGCGGCGGCUCUGCCGCCUCGGGCGCUAGCCGCAGCAGGGGGGCGCCCUCCGACCGCCGGUGGUGGGGGCGUCGGCGAUGCCGCCGGCUCGGAAGAAGCGCGGGGCGGCCGCGGCAGCGGCCGCGGCGGCCGCUGCGGCGCAGUGGAAGGUGGGCGACCUCGUGCUCGCCAAGAUGAAGGGCUUCCCGGCGUGGCCGGCCAUGAUAAGUGAGCCAGAGAAAUGGGGCCUUUCUUCAGCUAAAAAGAAGCUGCUGGUCUACUUUUAUGGAACUAAACAGAUUGCUUUCUGCAACUAUACUGACCUUGAGGCAUUCACUGAAGAGAAAAGAAAAUCUCUUCUUGCUAAGCGACAUGGCAAAGGAGCAGAUUUUGUUCGAGCAGUUAAGGAAAUUGUGGAGAUUUAUGAUUCUUUGAAGAAUGAGAAUAAUAAUAAGAGUGAUACGUCUGGAACAGAUGUGAAGCCAGAUGUUGAAGAUGCUGCCCACAAUAGCAAUUCUGACCGUGGAGGUCGUGGGGAAGGUUCUGAUUUGGUCAAUGAUAACAAGCAAGACAGUCGACCUACAUCUUCCAUGGAUCACAAUGUGACCAAAAGCCCUGGCUCAAAUAUUCCCGCAGUGGAGAGUGGCCGCUGUGUUGUGAAUUCUGCACCUGACGAGCCUUCUAGUUCAUUCUCAAAGAAGAGUCAAAAUGAUGUUCAGCAAAAUAUUUCUUGCGCCCUUGGUAAUCUUACAUCUCCACGGAAGUUGAGAAGUUCAUUAGGUGCUGAUCUACGACCAACAGAGGAUUCUUGUGGGCCAAUGAAUAGUAUUAAUCAACCAUGUGUUAAUGUGAUCUCUGAUAACAAGCAGGUGCAUUCUUUUCAGCAUACAUGCAUCGGUGACAACAAAUCAAACUCAGAUUCUCUUCCAGCUAGAGAGGAUUCCAGUCAAGGUACCUGCAGUAAACCUGAAGAUUCUACAGUGGUUGUUGAUGAUGAAAGUUUGAAUUCUAUUGAUGAUGUACAAGAUAUUCAUCAUAUUGAGGCAUCUAAAACAGAAGUCAAACAGAAUGGAACAAUCGAUUCCAUGAGCACUACUGUCACUUUCAAGAGAAAAAGAAAGCCGCACACAAAUCACAUUAGUAAUCCUAUUAUUAGUGUGGCACCAAAAACAGAUGAAGAAUUGCAGCCCAAGUCUAGUGGAAAUCUCGCAGAUUCCCCGAAUUCAGGGAAUGAAGUCAACAAGUCAGAUGGAGACGAACACUUACCAUUGGUCAAAAGGGCAAGGGUCCGUAUGGGAAGAGCUCUUCUGGAGGACACAAUAGUUGAUGAGUGUGUUAUUUCUGAUAACAAAACAGAGCUGGCUACACAUGAAAAUAGAUGUGAUAAACAUGACUUGUAUGCAGGACUAGGGAAGGAUCAUUCAGCUGACAUGCCCCCUAGCAUGGAUCCUUCAUCCAAAAUAGACUUGAUUAUGCCAUCAGGAGAUGCUCAGACUGCUUGCAAGAAUAAAGAAUACCAUCCAAAGGUUUUGUCAUUGGAUGGCGAAGCUGCUUUGCCUCCGUCUAAACGCCUUCAUCGUGCCUUAGAAGCUAUGUCUGCUAAUGCAACUGAAACUAUCUGUAGCUCUCUCGAAGUGCAAAAAUCGGAGUCAAUCCUGAAAGUGAAAGGUUGUGCAGCUUCAGGAGCAAGUUCCCCUUCCAAUAACUCUCUGGAUGCAAUUGCCAAAGUUUCAAGAUCUGUAAUGACUAAAAGUCCUACUAUUUCUUCAAGUGGACAUUCUUUAGAUACCCCAGAUGGCGAAAAGCAUAUCUUACUUAAGGAUAUCCCCUCUACUAUUCCUUUGGAUUUGAAAAAUGCUUGCAGUCAAAAUUCACUAAAAGAGAAAGUUGUUGAAGAACUCCACAUGGAUGACAAAAACAUCACGCUGACUGUUUGUAGUAGGGCUGAUAACAAUGUCUGUGGAAAAGCUCCAACCUAUUCCAUGGAGUCGAAAGCUAGUGGGAAUGAAUCCAUGGAACCAAAUGGUGACCCUGCUCAUGAUUUUGUCAAAAACGUUAAUGGGUCUGCUGAACCAGUUAGCCAAGCAAAUGUUGUUCCAAGCUCCAAUGGAAACUAUAAUUCUGUGCCACAUGAUGAUAUUCGUUUGGCUAAACCAACUGUUAUUGUGUCUGACAGGACAAGUGCAUCUUCUUUGGUCACUAAAAUUUCAUGUAUUCAAUCGGAUGCAAGUUCCCAGACAUUUGAACCGCACGGUUCUUCAGCAAUCGCACUGAAAGAACACAACCACAGAAUGUACCCAAAGGGUAAGAGUCUAUCUCCAGACAUGAUGCCUAUGAAAGAACUAAUUGCUGCUGCUCAUACUCGAAGAUUCUCGCAUUCAAGUUCUUUCAUAGACAGUUUUCUCUGCUCCAAUGGUGUUCCUGAACCUUCGGUGAAUGUACCUUCACUCAAGGAAGGGUCAAGUGGUCAAUGUUCACCUUCCAAUCAUACAAUAAGGUUCGCAGCAGAUAGGAUUCAUACUCAACAAAAUAGUGGUGCAAUUCCUUUUGAUAAUAUGCAACAGAAGGGCUUGAACAAAUUAUCAGGUCACGAUGAAGCUAGUUCAGCACGGAGGGCCUUUGAAGCUUUCCUUGGUUCCUUAACAAGAACAAAAGAAAGUAUAGGCCGUGCAACACGUCUUGCUCUGGAAUGUGAUAAGCAAGGCAUUGCUGGUGAGGUAAUGGAUAUCAUCAUCGAACACCUGGAAAAAGAAUCUAAUUUGUAUAAAAGGGUGGACCUGUUCUUCCUUGUCGAUUCAAUAAUACAAUGCUGUCGCAACCAGAAAGGUGGAGUUGGCAAUGCCUUUCCUUCACUUAUCCAAGCAGUCCUACCCCGGAUACUAUAUGCUUCUGCACCUCCUGGGAAUUCUGCAUGGGAGAAUCGAAGGCAAUGUCUUAAGGUUUUGAAGCUCUGGCUUGACAGGAAAACCCUUUCAGAAUACAUCAUUCGCCAUCACAUUAAAGAGCUUGAAGCUCUCAAUGAGGCAUCAUUUGGAACCUCUCGUCGUCCAUCAGGGACAGAAAGAGCUCUGAAUGACCCUCUGCGGGAUAACGAGGGAAUGCUUGUCGAUGAGUAUGGAAGCAACACUGGUUUUCAUCUUCCAAAUUUGAUUGGCACAAAACUACUUGAAGAUGAGGAAGGAAGCUCCUCUGAGGAGAGGAGCUUUGAAGCUGUUACCCCUGAACAUGAAGCUACAGGUGCUAAUGAGCAAGAAGCAUCUCAAAUGCAUGUGGCGAAGCAUCGACUUGUCCUGGAAGAAGUAGAUGGUGACCAUGAAAUGGAGGAUUUAGCCCCAUCCUCAGAAGCAGAAGGGGAAGCUAUCUCCUCAUGCCAACCAGAUUUAACUGUUGCUAGGUGUGCAACGACCAAGCAAAAUGUUGAUUCAGUUCCACCCUUACCUGAUGACAAACCACCUUCUCCUCCUCCAUUGCCAUCAUCUCCACCACCUUUGCCACGUCCACCCUGUCCUGUUUUUCAAGAUUCGCAGGUGCAAGGAGCAUUGGCAGCUGAUCGAGUUCAACCAGAUCCUCCAAGAACUACCUAUAAUAUUCAAGAGCAACACCCUCAUUCUGUUGCAAACAAUAGAAGCAACAUGGAUCCUUGUGUAGUUUCAUCACAUCCUCCAGCGCCCUACAAUUGUGGGUACGCUGGGCAUGCAAAUCAGAUGCCUCUGCCACCUCCACCACCACCACCGCUGCCGCCGCCGCCUCCUGUUGCACCAUUUCAUCCUCCUGGACCCCAUUUUUCUGGGCCGUCAGUACCACCACAUCAUGGAAAUAAUUAUCACCAACCACCAUCUGUGCCGCCACCUAAUAAUGCAUAUCACUUGCAGCCACCACCACAUCCACCAUUUCCAAAUCAGUACCCAUACCCUCCCGAACCCCAACAAAACACACAACCUUGGAAUUGCAAUCCGUCCUAUCCUGAGAGGCAUCAAUACGGUGAGCAUGACAGAGGACCCCAUGCAUAUGAUAGCCGACAUCACUUUCAUCAUAGAGGGCAUCACUUUGAUGACGGAGGGCAUUAUUUUGAUGAUGGAGCACAUCAUUUUGAUGAUAGAGGGCAUCCCUUCGAUGAUAGAGGGAAUUACUUCGAUGAUAGAGGACAUCACUUUGAUGAAAGAGCAAUUAGGGGACAAAUGCACCAUGAAGUUGAUAGAGGAAGAUUUCCCCCACACUUCCCUCCAGGCCCCCCAUUUCCAGACCAUUUUGAUGGUCCGUCCACCCCAUUUCAUUGUAGGCAACCAUCGAAUCCUCCAACAGGGCCAGGCCCUGGGUGGUCAAUGCCUCCUAGGAGAUUUAAGUACCCUCCUGGCCCUAGACACUCGAUGGACCAUCCAGUUCCCCAUGAAGGAGGUUGGAGGAGGAAUGGAAGACACAAUCAUGAUAAACACCCUAGAUGACUGGGAGCAGAGGAGCUUUCCACCUCAUUUACCUCAGAACUGUUGCCGAGCCUCAGCUGCGAGUGGCAAUAUAUUUCGUUACUGGAGCUCGGAUAAUCGCUGACAAUAUUUAAUGGCUAUAUAAUUUUGAUCUGGUCUUUUCUCGUUUUUGAGCCGUGAAGAGUCCUUCAAUGUCUCCGUUCAUGUGCGGGCUUACCAUGAAAUCUCCUUGACAAAAGAGAUGGAACCGGCCCCACUGUACAUAUGUAUCUUAGUUCUUAGCACUGUUCUGCAAAUGCAGAAACGGGAGGGAGUUCAAUUGUGGGGAAGAGAUGUCCUGUAUCAGUUUAGUUACCCAUAGAUUAUGUCGUUAGCCUAGCGGUUUACCGUCUCAUUGGCAAUGUCUUUGGUAUUUAAAUGUUCAAUUUGUAAUCCAAAUGUUAAUUUAAAUACAUUAAACUGAACUGAUUAGGGUUACACAUGAUCGAAGAACAGAGGUUUGGAAUUUUUGGAUUGAUAGUUUCAUUUGUUGAGUGCUAAUUUUCAAGAGGAACGCACUGCAAAAUUUUCAAGAGGAA